AGGAAUUUGACAAGAAACUGAAUUUUUGAUCAAAUAUAUUUUGAGUAUGAAACCAGACAUGUAACAAAGUUUAGAUUCUUUCAUUUGAUUAAGGUAUGGUCUGAAUAUGCGUUGCUUGGCAGCUCGGGUCAGCUAUAAGACUCUGAUUAUCAUCUGCACACUCUUCACUUUGGUCACAGUACUUUUGUGGAAUAAAUGUUCCAGCGAUAAAGCGAUCCAGUUUCCACGGCACUUGAGUAGUGGCUUCAGAGUGGAUGGAUUAGAAAAAAGAGCAGCAGCAUCUGAGAGUAACAACUAUGUGAACCACAUGGCCAAACAGUCUGAGGAGGCAUUCCCUCAGGAACAGCAGAAAGCACCCCCUGUUGUUGGGAGCUUCAACAGCAAUGGGGGAAGCAAGGUGUUAGGGCUCAAAUAUGAAGAAAUUGACUGUCUCAUAAAUGAUGAACACACAAUUAAAGGGAGACGAGAGGGAAAUGAAGUCUUUCUUCCAUUCACUUGGGUAGAGAAAUAUUUUGAUGUAUAUGGAAAGGUGGUUCAAUAUGAUGGCUAUGAUCGGUUUGAAUUCUCUCAUAGCUAUUCCAAAGUCUAUGCACAGAGAGCCCCGUAUCACCCUGAUGGUGUGUUUAUGUCCUUUGAAGGCUACAAUGUGGAAGUCCGGGACAGAGUCAAGUGCAUAAGUGGGGUUGAAGGUGUACCUUUAUCUACACAGUGGGGACCUCAAGGCUAUUUCUACCCAAUCCAGAUUGCACAGUAUGGGUUAAGUCAUUACAGCAAGAAUCUAACUGAGAAACCCCCUCACAUAGAGGUGUAUGAAACAGCAGAAGACAGGGACAGAAACAGCAAGCCUAACGACUGGACCGUGCCAAAGGGGUGCUUUAUGGCUAGUGUGGCUGAUAAGUCUAGAUUCACCAAUGUUAAACAGUUCAUUGCUCCAGAAACCAGUGAAGGUGUAUCCUUGCAACUGGGGAACACAAAAGAUUUUAUUAUUUCAUUUGACCUCAAGUUCUUGACAAAUGGAAGUGUGUCCGUGGUUCUAGAGACCACAGAAAAGAAUCAGCUCUUCACUGUACAUUAUGUCUCAAAUACCCAACUAAUUGCUUUUAAAGAAAGAGACAUAUACUAUGGCAUUGGGCCUAGGACUUCAUGGAGCACGGUUACAAGGGACCUGGUCACUGACCUCAGGAAAGGAGUGGGUCUUUCCAACACAAAAGCUGUCAAGCCAACCAAAAUAAUGCCCAAAAGGGUGGUUAGGUUGAUUGCAAAAGGGAAAGGAUUCCUCGACAACAUUACCAUCUCCACCACAGCCCACAUGGCCGCAUUCUUUGCUGCCAGUGAUUGGCUGGUAAGGAACCAGGAUGAGAAAGGUGGCUGGCCAAUUAUGGUGACCCGUAAGUUAGGAGAGGGGUUCAAGUCUUUAGAGCCAGGGUGGUACUCUGCCAUGGCCCAAGGGCAAGCCAUUUCUACAUUAGUCAGAGCCUAUCUGUUGACAAAAGACCAUUUAUUCCUCAGUUCAGCUUUAAGGGCAACAGCCCCUUACAAGUUUCUGUCAGAGCAGCAUGGAGUUAAGGCUGUGUUUAUGAAUAAACAUGACUGGUAUGAAGAAUAUCCAACCACACCUAGCUCUUUCGUUUUAAAUGGCUUUAUGUAUUCUUUAAUUGGGCUGUAUGACUUAAAAGAAACUGCAGGGGAAAAACUUGGGAAAGAAGCAAGGUCCUUGUACGAGCGAGGCAUGGAAUCUCUUAAAGCUAUGCUCCCCUUGUAUGACACUGGCUCAGGGACCAUCUAUGACCUCCGCCACUUCAUGCUUGGCAUUGCCCCCAACCUGGCCCGCUGGGACUACCACACCACUCACAUCAAUCAGCUGCAGCUACUCAGCACCAUCGAUGAGUCCCCAAUCUUCAAAGAAUUUGUCAAGAGGUGGAAAAGCUACCUUAAAGGCAGCAGGGCAAAGCACAACUAGAGCUCAGAACCAAAAUCAUCUUUCAGCCUCUGCCGUACACAAAAACCAUGGGCCCUAUCUCAGCAGAGCUUAGGCACAUUUUAAAAGGUGGUAUACUAGGUUUUUGUGGAUUACAUCGAAGUGAUAAACCAGUCUUCUGAGAUAAUUGCAUUCUGUGGGUUGGGUGUUUCGAAACAUGGGUGGCACUUGGAGCAGAAAAGUGUUUAGUCAAUGGCUGAACAGGGAUGUUUAACUUUGCCUUGCUUAUUACAUAACGUCUACAGUUCCACAGAUGGUCCAGUCCCUCUGGGUCUGGGGAAGACACUGGUAAGUAGCUGCUACUGGCCAACUGUCCAGCACGUACCUGAAAACUUAGUAUGGGUCUCUUUUAAAAUGUGAUGAUUUAUGUUUAUGUUGGAAACAAACUUUAAAAAAAAUAAUGUGCUGUAAUACAGUAAAUGUGUACUCGCAGCCUGAAUAGUGGACUGUGUGCAACUUUUUAAAAUGAUGUUUCUUUUCUACAGAUUAAUUUCUUGGCGAACUUCGUGUUGCGUUUCUUGAAUUUGUUAUAUAUGGAGAAUAUUUUGAAUGUACGGUUUUCUUGAAAUGUGUAAAUUAAAAACACAACCAGUGUUCAGGCUUCACAGUUAUAUAAUGUAAGCACAACUAAAACAAAACUUGUUGACUGCACAAGAAAUCACAAAAAUGUUAUGUUUUAUGAAACUUGAUCUACAAUCAGUAAAGAUUUGAUAAUCAAUGGAUCCCUCCCCACCCCUGCUGUGAUGGUUUCUUUUUGUCACUGUCUAGAAUUCUGUAUUUCAUUUCAGACUAUACUUGAGAGUUUUGUCUAUUUUGGGGGACAUUUUUGGGACGUUGUGGAAAUUUUAUUGGAGAAAGGGGCUAAUCCAUUCCGACUACCCUUUCAGGAUUUUUUUUUCCCUCUUUAAAGAAAAAUACUAUGUCAGAUAUUACACACAAGAAUCGUGGCAGGUUUUUUCCCUACUUUUGGAUCAUUCUUGGUCAUCAACUUUCCAGACCAUUGACUCUGCACAUGAGUGUUUUUCCUUUGCAAUUUUAAUUUUAAAUUAUUUCAGCUCUUGGAUAGAAGUGAUUGAUGCUACCGCAUUUGCUGU